AUGUCACGCCAAACUUCUCGACUGGAUGCUAAAAAAGUGAAUUCGGAGUUGUUAACCCUUACUUAUGGAGCCUUAGUUUCUCAAAUGCUUAAAGAAAUAGAAAACCCAGAUGAUGUAAAUAAGCAACUAGAAAGAAUUGGAUACAACAUGGGAGUCAGGCUUAUUGAAGAUUUUCUGGCUCGAACUACUUCUAAUCGGUGCUUGGAGAUGCGAGAGACUGCUGACAAAAUACAGCAGGCAUUUAGGUUGUACUUAAAUAUGCAACCCACAGUAACAAGCUGGAGCAGUGCAGGAGAUGAGUUCUCAUUGGUCUGGGAUCAAUGUCCACUGAGUGAGUGGGUUGAAAUGCCAAAUAAUGGUUUAAAAUACUGUGCUUUAAUACCUGGAGCUAUUAGAGGUGCUUUACAAAUGGUGCAGCUCGAUGUGCAAUGUUGGUUUGUGCAGGAUCAACUAAAAGGUGAUACAGUAACUGAACUCAGAGUGAAGUAUAUCAAACGAUUAGAGGAUGCAGUACCAGCUGGUGAAGAC